GCUUCCUACCCUCGGGAGAAAGCAGGCCGAGAGAGAUUGUAGGGGGGCUGGGCUGGGGGCACAGUGGCUGUGUUGGGAGAGAUUUAAUGUGGCAGCCAGAGGGACCCAAGGGCAGGCUGACUGCCCCCCUUCUCAGAGCCAAGCUGGGAAGCUGCCAGAUAGUUGAUAAAGAGUGCUGGCUUCCACUCCUGCCUUUGCUUCUCAUUUGCUGUGUGGCCUGGGCAAGGUGUAGCCUCUCCAGGCCUCAAUACCCUUAUCUGUAAAAUGGGAAGUUUCAUCUAGGUUGGAUGAAACUGUUUCAUCUAGGUUGGAGCUGCUGACAUGAUUUGCUUGGCCUGGACAAUGUUUCCAUUGGAAUUUCACAUAAAAGUUCAGAUUACUGGUUUCUCUUGAAAAUUAGAAGAUCCAGCCUCACGUGGUAUCCACCUUCCACAUCUGCUCCAUCCCCACCAGCCCACUUCACUCACAUGAUGUGCCUAGCUAGGCCUGUGAGCAUUUGAGUUUGCAACAUCUCCUCAUCCCUGCGCCCCCUCCCCCACCAUUAAACCCAGGCUCUCCUCUCUGGACUGAAUUGCGGCUGUGCCCUCCUCCAACCGAGGGCACCCCUGGGCUUCCCAGCUCUGUGGGUGCCAACAAGGAGGGGCCGGGUUCUGAAGAAUCCCACCUGUCUUGUUGGCCCUCUCCCUUCCCCACCUCCAUCCAGCUCCGCCUCUUAACCAUUCUGCCUCACUUUCCUUCCCGGGCAGUGUGGAGUCUACACUUCCACGCCCCUCAGCCUCUGCCCCCACCUCCAGGAGGCCCUAUGACCGCGCGUAUGACCUUGCUAUUCUGGGCCUUGCGUCCUAUUGGGAGAUGGACAGGAGACAGCUGGGCUCACAGGCCACCCAUCCUGGGGGCUAGAUGGGGGAAGCCUGCUGUCUCUCCUGGUUUUGUCUAAUCCCUGGGGCUACCCCAAACCUUGGCCUCAGGAGACUGGGGAUAGGAUUGGCCUUGCAGAGGGAGGGGGAUGGUUCGUGGACCUGGAUGCUGUGUUCUCAAAGUGAGAUGGCGAGUGAAGGCUGUGGCGCCCCAGGGUAAGCAGGACCUGAUCCUCUCCUAAUCUAGCAGCAACUGGUGCUGCGAGGCUCCCCCCUCCCCCUAAAUCCUGCCAGCCCUCAGGGACUUGCCUUCUGAAGAUGUGUGUGUGGGGGGGGGGAGGGCACAAGAGCCUCCUCACCGCCCCCGCCCGAACCCCCAAGAUUUGCAUGUCUUGGCUGGAGGAGCCUAAGACACUUUCCCUCUAAGCCCGUCUAUGGAUGGUUCAGCUGAAGUUCGGAACUGGUCGGGGAUUGAGCAGGCUCUGUCUCUGUGUCCUUCAGAACUACGCCUCUCCCAUUCUCGGCUUCAGUGCUCAGGAGGGGAUGAAGACCUUGCACCUCUGGGCCUGGAGACCCUAGAGCCACUUCCUCUCGCCCCCAAGGGAUGUUCUCCCCCUUUUCAAUCCCCUGAGGGUUGGAGUAUCUCUGCUGCCCUUUCAACAAGGUAAGUGAGAAAGGAGGAGACUGGGGCAGUAGAAACAGGCAGGUUCAGGGAGAUGAGAUGGGAAGGGGACACGAGGAAAGGGAACGGUGAAGGCCUGAGAGGAGAAGUGGGUUUAAGGGAAGAACUGGAAGGGGUGAGGUUGGAACAGGAAAUUCAGUGCAGCUGAAGAAGUCGAGGCAGUUGGGGGAGGGCUCAGUAGCAGAAGACAGAAAGUGAAGUCUCUCUCUGCCCCCCCUUCCCUGGGGCUGGGGCCACCUUAGCUUCCCUCAUGAGUGACAUCUCAGGCUGCAGCCCCACUGUUCCCCCUCUGUCAGCAGAAAUAUCUCUCUCUUCUGACCCCUCCUGCUAGAGUCUCAGCCAGCCAAUCCCUGAUCUGGGGGAGGGGGGAGCCUGGCCCCCCCCCACUCCCUCAUAAGGACCAGCUGGGGGCUGGGGCGGGUGGCUGGCUGCUGCAAGUGGAACGGGGCUCAGAGCUUCGUGGAGGGAAGAAUAACUUGGGGGGGGGGCAGAAGAGAAAAAGGAAGAAACCCAGACAAACAGGCAGGUGGACACACUGAAGAAGGCCCCUGACGUGUGAGAACCCCCCAGAAGGAACACACCACCCCCUGGCCCCCAGGAAGGGAGCACAAUGGAGGCUGCACACUCCAAGACCACAGAAGAGUGUUUGGCCUAUUUUGGGGUGAGCGAAACUACAGGCCUUACCCCGGACCAAGUUAAGCGGCAUCUGGAGAAAUACGGCCACAAUGAGCUCCCUGCCGAGGAAGGGAAGUCCCUGUGGGAGUUGGUGGUAGAGCAGUUUGAAGACCUCCUGGUGCGGAUCCUUCUCCUGGCCGCCUGCAUUUCCUUUGUGCUGGCCUGGUUCGAGGAAGGCGAAGAGACCAUCACCGCCUUUGUUGAACCCUUUGUCAUCCUCUUGAUCCUCAUUGCCAAUGCCAUCGUGGGGGUUUGGCAGGAAAGGAAUGCAGAGAAUGCCAUUGAGGCUCUGAAGGAAUAUGAACCGGAGAUGGGGAAGGUCUACCGGGCUGACCGCAAGUCAGUGCAAAGGAUCAAGGCUCGGGACAUUGUCCCCGGAGACAUCGUGGAGGUGGCUGUGGGGGACAAAGUCCCUGCAGAUAUCCGAAUCCUCACCAUCAAGUCCACCACCCUCCGGGUCGACCAGUCCAUCCUGACAGGCGAGUCUGUCUCUGUCAUCAAGCACACAGAACCUGUUCCCGACCCCCGAGCUGUCAACCAGGAUAAGAAGAACAUGCUCUUCUCGGGCACCAACAUUGCAGCCGGUAAGGCCAUAGGCAUCGUGGCCUCUACCGGUGUGAACACUGAGAUUGGGAAGAUCCGUGACCAAAUGGCCGCGACGGAGCAGGACAAGACCCCUCUGCAGCAGAAGCUGGAUGAGUUUGGGGAGCAGCUCUCCAAGGUCAUCUCCCUCAUCUGCGUGGCCGUGUGGCUCAUCAAUAUUGGCCACUUCAACGAUCCCAUCCACGGGGGCUCCUGGAUCCGUGGUGCCAUCUACUACUUUAAGAUUGCCGUGGCCCUCGCUGUGGCUGCAAUCCCAGAAGGCCUUCCUGCAGUCAUCACCACCUGCCUGGCCCUGGGCACCCGCCGGAUGGCAAAGAAGAACGCAAUUGUGAGGAGCUUGCCCUCCGUGGAGACGCUGGGCUGCACCUCUGUCAUCUGUUCCGACAAGACAGGCACCCUCACCACGAACCAGAUGUCUGUCUGCAAGAUGUUCAUCAUCGAAAAGGUGGACGGGGACAUCUGCCUUCUGAACAAGUUCUCUAUCACUGGCUCCACUUACGCUCCAGAAGGAGAGGUCUUGAAGAAUGAUAAGCCAGUCCGGACAGGGCAGUAUGAUGGGCUGGUAGAGCUAGCCACCAUUUGUGCCCUCUGCAAUGACUCCUCCUUGGACUUCAAUGAGGCCAAAGGUGCUUAUGAGAAGGUGGGCGAGGCCACCGAGACUGCACUCACCACCCUGGUGGAGAAGAUGAAUGUAUUCAACACUGAACUGAGAAACCUCUCAAAGGUGGAGAGGGCCAACGCCUGCAACUUGGUGAUCCGCCAGCUAAUGAAGAAGGAAUUCACCCUGGAGUUCUCCCGGGACAGAAAGUCCAUGUCUGUCUAUUGCUCUCCAGCAAAAUCCCGGGCUGCUGUGGGCAACAAAAUGUUUGUCAAGGGUGCCCCAGAGGGGGUCAUCGAUCGCUGUAACUACGUGCGAGUCGGCACCACUCGGGUGCCCAUGACAGGGCCGGUGAAGGAGACGAUUCUGUCGGUAAUCAAGGAGUGGGGCACUGGCCGGGACACCCUGCGCUGCCUGGCCCUGGCCACCCGGGACACCCCCCCAAAGCGAGAGGAGAUGGUCCUGGAUGACUCUUCCAGGUUCAUGGAGUACGAGACGGACCUGACAUUCGUUGGCGUGGUGGGCAUGCUGGACCCACCCCGCAAGGAGGUCACAGACUCUAUCCUCCUGUGCCGUGAUGCUGGCAUCCGAGUGAUCAUGAUCACUGGGGACAACAAGGGCACAGCCAUUGCCAUCUGCCGACGAAUUGGCAUCUUCGGGGAGAACGAGGAUGUGGCUGACCGAGCCUACACUGGCCGGGAGUUUGAUGACCUGCCCCUGACCACGCAGCGGGAGGCCUGCAAACGCGCCUGCUGCUUUGCCCGCGUGGAGCCCUCGCACAAGUCGAAGAUCGUGGAGUAUCUGCAGUCCUACGACGAGAUCACAGCGAUGACAGGUGAUGGCGUCAAUGACGCCCCUGCCCUGAAGAAGGCGGAGAUCGGCAUUGCCAUGGGAUCCGGCACCGCCGUGGCCAAGUCGGCCUCCGAGAUGGUACUGGCCGACGACAACUUCUCCACCAUCGUGGCUGCCGUGGAGGAGGGCCGCGCCAUCUACAACAACAUGAAGCAGUUCAUCCGCUACCUCAUCUCCUCCAAUGUGGGAGAGGUGGUCUGCAUCUUCCUGACAGCUGCCCUGGGGCUGCCUGAGGCCCUGAUCCCCGUGCAGCUGCUGUGGGUGAACCUGGUGACAGACGGGCUCCCGGCCACAGCCCUGGGCUUCAACCCCCCCGACCUGGACAUCAUGGACCGGCCCCCCCGGAGCCCCAAGGAGCCCCUCAUCAGUGGCUGGCUCUUCUUCCGCUACAUGGCAAUUGGGGGCUAUGUGGGUGCAGCCACGGUGGGAGCAGCAGCCUGGUGGUUCCUAUACGCUGAGGACGGGCCUCACAUCACCUACAGCCAGCUGACUCACUACAUGAAGUGUGCGGAGCACAACCCUGACUUUGAGGGUGUGGAUUGCGAGGUCUUCGAGGCCCCCGAGCCCAUGACCAUGGCCUUGUCCGUGCUGGUUACCAUCGAGAUGUGCAAUGCUCUCAACAGCCUGUCUGAGAACCAGUCCCUCCUGCGGAUGCCGCCCUGGGUGAACAUCUGGCUGGUGGGCUCCAUCUGCCUCUCCAUGUCCCUCCAUUUCCUCAUCCUCUACGUGGACCCUCUGCCGAUGAUCUUCAAGCUGCAGGCCCUGGACCUGCCCCAUUGGCUCAUGGUCUUCAAGAUCUCGUUACCAGUCAUCGGGCUCGAUGAACUCCUCAAGUUCAUUGCUCGGAACUACCUGGAGGGAUAACUCGUUUCCCCCUCCUCCAUCUCUCUGAGCCGUGUCACAGAUCCAGAAGAUGAAAGAAGGAAGUAACCAGUCCUUUUGCCCUCCCUUCCCCACCGAUAGUGACACGUCUUCAGCCAGAGCUGUGGCACAGGCCGCUACCACGUGCCCCCCAGCCCGACAUUCUUGUUUAUAAACAUAAUGUCCCCUUCACGUCUCCUCCCCCCUCAGCAACCGCCCCCCCCCCUUUUGCCCUUGUAAAACCUCCCCUCCCCGACCCCGUGGGGCUUGCAGGGACAAGGCGACCGACUGAGCUGAGCUGCUUAUUUAUUGAAAAUAAAUGACAGAAAAAUCUGG